GUUGGGUAGAAUUGAUUGCAGCGUGAGGUGAAGAAACAUUUAUUUGUUCUUUUCUUUCUUUGAUUUCUUGUUGAUAAAAUCGCCAGUGUAUAGCUAAUCACUGCGUUUCGGCGAUUGUGGGAUUCGUUCCGUUGCGUCUAUCGAGUUGCAGCCGCAUCAAAAACGCCGCACCGAGUCGAGAAAGCCGUGAAAUAUAAACAAGUUUUUGUCGUGCCGUAUCUAGUUCCGAUGACCUUGAGAUUAUUAUACGAAUUUUGCGCUUAGAAAGCUUUAGUAAACAAAAACAGGAUUGCAAAUGUUGCAUUUCGAAGUGUAGAUUUAGUUUUUUGUUUGCAGACGUAACUAUGGCGCUGUGGGCUAAAGCUCAACAGCUCCCGCCCGAGAGCCUCCAGCAAAUCAGGGGUAUAUAUGGAGAUCAUUUUCCUAUCGAAGUCCGCCACUAUCUUGCGCAGUACAUUGAGGACAAGUUUUGGCAUGAACCCUUAGUAGACAAUCCUCAGCAUGAGCAGUAUGUGGCAACUUUGGUCCACUCCCUAAUAAAUGAAAUUGAGAACAAAGCAGCUGUCGUUACUGACGCUGAAUAUUUCUUGACAAAGCUCAAACUUGCUGAAGCUGCUCGUAUGUUCAGACAAAAAUAUAGUUCGAAUCCGAUGCAGCUGUUCACGUACGUUCGGAAUUGUCUGGCUGCGGAGAUGAGAUUGAUCCAGAACGCCAGCGGGGAGAAUCUGGGCGGACUGCCUAACAUGGUCAUCACCAAUUCGGGAGCCGAAGUUAUGCACAAGAUCGACAUACUACGCAACAGAACGCAGAGUACUGCCGAGGAACUCAGGAGGAUGGAGCAGGAACAAGAAGCGUUUGCUAUACAAUAUCACGAGUGUACAAAAAUAAAUGCGCAACGGACCAUGCACGAAAUGAACGGCGAUAACGCGCUGCAGCGAUGUCGCGGUGGGCACUGCCGCGAAGACGUGGACCGGGACGCCGUGGCCGGAUGGGCAGUAGCAACCGCUCAUCUGUCAUCCGGUGCGACGCAACCCAACGUGCCAAUCACUGCGCACACUCAGAAACUGCAGCGCCAAAAGGAGAUGCUCGAACAGGUGCUCAACCAGAAAGUGGCCGGAUUGAUGAAUCUCCGUCUGGCGUUGGCGGAAAAACUGAAGGAGACGGUCCAGCUGCUUUCUCAGCUGCAGAUGUUGGUGCUCGACGAGGAGUUGAUCAGGUGGAAGAGAGAACAGCAGCUGGCUGGCAAUGGUGCAAACUUCAACAGCAACUUGGACACGAUCCAGGAGUGGUGCGAGAGUUUGGCUGAGUUGAUAUGGUUGAAUCGGCAGCAGAUAAAAGAGGUGGAGAGGUUGAAGCAGAAACUUCCUCUUGAUCCUCCUGGGGAACACCACGUGCUGCCUCAGCUCCUACAAGAAGUCACGCAGCUGUUGUCUUCAUUGGUGACGUCGACGUUUAUCAUUGAAAAACAGCCCCCACAGGUGAUGAAAACGAACACGCGUUUUACGGCGACAGUCCGCCUACUGGUAGGCGGCAAGCUGAACGUUCACAUGACUCCGCCCCAGGUCAAAGUGACGAUCAUCUCCGAAGCUCAGGCCAAUAUGCUGAUCAAGAACGAGAAACUGGGCAAGGCCGGAGAAUGUUCAGGAGAAAUUCUCAAUAACACAGGUACAAUGGAAUACCAGCAGGCGACGAGACAAUUAUCGGUUAGCUUCCGGAAUAUGCAGUUGAAAAAAAUCAAAAGGGCCGAGAAGAAAGGCACCGAAAGUGUCAUGGAUGAAAAGUUUUCGUUGCUUUUCCAGUCGCAGUUCAGCGUCGGAGGAGGAGAAUUGAUGUUCCAGGUAUGGACUUUAAGUCUCCCGGUUGUGGUAAUAGUCCACGGAAAUCAAGAGCCACACGCCUGGGCCACAGUCACUUGGGACAAUGCGUUCAGCGAACCUGGAAGAGCUCCUUUCGCUGUUCCCGAUAAAGUUCCGUGGGGCAAAGUGGCGGAAACGCUCUCCCUGAAGUUCCGCGCGGCCACGGGCAAGGCCCUAACGGAAGAUAACCUUCGCUUCCUGGCCGAAAAAGCGUUCAGAGGAAAUUACAACGAAACCAGCAACGCGAUACUGAACUGGACUCAAUUCUGCAAAGAACCGUUGAGCGAAAGGAACUUCACGUUCUGGGAGUGGUUCUACGCGAUCAUGAAGCUGACUAGGGAGCACUUGAAAGGGCCCUGGAUGGACGGUGCAAUAAUGGGAUUCGUGCGCAAGAAGCAAGCUGAAGAGAUGUUAUCUUCAUGUCCUUGUGGAACGUUUUUGUUAAGAUUUUCUGAUAGUGAAUUGGGCGGUAUUACUAUUGCUUGGGUGACAGAGUCUGGUGAGGUGUUUAGUCUACAACCGUGGACAUCCAAAGAUUUCACAAUACGAUCGCUGGCAGAUCGCAUUUCCGACCUCAGUCAUCUUCUGUAUCUGUACCCGGACAGAGCCAAAGAUAUACCGUUCGCUAAGUACUACACACCUUAUCAAGAUAAUCAACCAGCGACGAACAACGGUUACGUGAGACCCCAGCUGGUGACGCACGUACCUGGUUUCACUGCGCACAGUUAUCCCAACACGCCGCAACACUUCUUGCAGUCACCUGAUCCAUCCAGAGACACACCUUCAGUUGUCAGCAGCUACUCGGUGUCGACGUGCGCUACAUCGGGCGCGCUCGGCGGGGCGUCGACCCCUACGCCGACGGUCGCAGGCAGCAUGGACUACCUGGAGCAGCUGGACGACCCGAACAUGGACCUCAACAACCUCAUUAACCUCAACGAGCUGAUGACCGGCGGUCCACCUCCACCGCCGUACAAGCAGCGAGGCGACGCAGGUUUCUCGUAAAAGGCUGGUCCCGUUCGAGGACAGGUAGAUAGGGUAGGCAUUUUUGAGCGGUGUUGCCAGGCGCAUCGAUGACAAUUGGUGUCGCAUGAUCCUUCGGGGUCAUGGAAACGGUGAGAGACAAAACUUCGCUUAAAUGGGGGCAAAGUGCGUAUAUAGGUUACUAACCAGAUUGAAAUACAAAGUGCUUAGGGAGAAAUCGUUUUAAUUUUACCUUUUUCUACGUAUAAAAGAAAUACAAGGAAAAUCGUGUGUAUAUAUAGUGGACCUCCGGUAAUCCGACAAACAUUAUGCAGGGCAGUGUCAGACUAUCGAAUUUGUCGGAUUAUAGAGCACUGCCUAAGACCCCCUAUAGUCAGGAAUUUUUUUACAAAAGAGUACCUUGUAAUCCGACAAAUUACAUAUCCAAUGGUAAGAUUAUAUGUAUAUGUUAUGUAUUUGUAUUUAUGUACAAAUCAUACAUAGUUUAUGUAUGUCGUAUUUAGUAAAUUAAAUAACAAUAGAGAGCUUACGUUUUGUUAUAAAAUUAAGCAUAAAUGCACAUACAUAUGUACCAAAAUAAUCAAGAAUUAUUAAUGAAAAUCGUUAAUGAAUUAUGAAGCUUGGAAAUAUUCAUCAAUUUUUUUUUGUUUAAGGUUGUUAUAACGCGAGAUGAGAGCUUUGUCCCUCAGUCUUAUCAAAAGUAGAAGUUCGUUGUAGGAUGUACCAUUCUCUUCAGCCCAUUGUAAACCUAGCUCAAAAGCGUUAAUUGCGUCUUGUGCUGUAACUUGUGGAGCAGUUGCAAUCACGUCGUCGUUAUUUUCCUGAUUGUUUGUUGUAUAAUGUUCAAACCUGCAUGAUCUACGUUAGCGAAGAUUGUCAAAUACGUACAUACAUAUGUAAUAUAAUGUAAUACAUAUUCAAAGACAUGUCGGAUUACAUGGGGCGCCGGAUUAUCGGGGGUCCACUGUAAUUGUUUUUAAAAUAAACAAAAACUCCAAAAUUGAAAAGGUAUGUUAGGAUGUACAUGUAUAAUAUAUGUAUGUUCAUGCAUAUAUGUAGCAACACAAAACAAUGAAAUAAAAAGUUACUUUAACGACUCAGAAAGUCAUAUAUUGUCGUUUGUCUCCUCUUUUUCUUCAAAAUGCCUUCUUGAAAUCGUAUUUCUUUAGAAAGAAGCUCCAAAGACUACCUGAUUUUCGACUAAACUUUUGAAAUACUUGGCCAUUGUAACAACUGUACCAUGAUUUGGAAUAGCUUCUAUUGUACUGGAACCUCGGAAAAUUCUUGUAUUUCAAGUGGAUUUUCAAUUUCUUGGCCUGAAUCUGGAUCUUUAACAUACAAACUUUCAUCUAGGUCCAAAAAAUCACAAAGGUUUUCAUUAUCAGUCAAUUUCAAUAAAUUCUGAAGUUACAUUAAGUGGUAAGUCAUCUUCUGGGUCAGGUCAUUCACUUUGCAUAUUUUCAUGCUUAAAUCCUGCAUUGUGGAAGCAAUUUUGCACUGUUUCUUUGGUAGCUUGGUCUGAAGCGGUUUUGCUAAAUAAAUUUUAUCGAAUGACGCAAUUUUCUGUAUUAACUCAAAAUCUGUACCAGCUGCUUCAAUGUUUACUAGCAGGUGUUUGAGUAUUAGACUUCGUUAAUAAGUUUUAAAACUCUUUAUAAUCCCUUGCUACGAUUAUUUAAGCGAAUGUCUUUGGAUGAGAUCCUGCAUUGUCUAAAAAUAACAAACUGUUCCUUUUUUCUUUAGCCAUUUUCCAAUAUAGAUCUUUACUCUGUUAUAAUUUGUCUUGUCUUCCAAGCUUUCUUGUUGCAUUUUCGAGUUACACGAUUGAUAAAUACAAUAGCGUUACUCAAAAAACAAUACGUUUCUUUUUAUUUUGUUUUUUGUCCGGUUAGAACAUUGUCCUCUUGUCCUCCAGCAUCAACUUUAUUUUUUUUUUCAAUCCUGACUUCAAAAAUAUAUAGUCAUACAUGGACAUUGUUAAAAUUUAAAAAAAAAUAGAAUUUCCUGAGAUGAAAUUAUCUGAUAGUCAUUUGUGGAAGAGAACAAAUGAUAUUAAUCUGAAAUUUAUUUUAAAAUCCCACUAGAAGUCAGGAAAAAUUAUAACUAUUUUGUGAACAUUUUGUCUCUCUCCGGUAUCUUGAAUUACGAAACUUUCUAAGCGGCAUUUUAUUAGCUACCUAAAUGCCCAACUUUGCUCCCAUUUCGACAACUUCGUAUCACUCGCCGUUUCCGAGAUCCCCGGUGUAGCUCGACCUUUACCGGCCUGAUACAUUUUUUUAUAAAGUAUAUUGAAAAAUGUGGGUGAUAGGUUGCCUAAAAAACAGACUUCAAUCUGGCUAAUAAAUAAUGAGCGACACGCAUAACUAUAAAUUUUAUUUAUUUAUGAAAUAACUAAUCAUUGACGAUUCAGGGUAGGCUAUAAAUUUUUGUACAUUUAUAAUUAUCCUGUUCUGUAUUGAAAACGGAUACUGUAUACUGGCAGAAUUAUUUCGUAGCGCAUUAAGAAAUUCGAUACAAUUAAUCGUUCACUUCUCGUGUCUAAAUCAGUUAUUAUGGAUUUUCUGAAAAACCUCUCUCUUACUCAAACAUACCUUGAAAAUCGGUCUCACAGAGUUCGCUGUUAAUGUUCACUAACAGCUCUUUUGCAGAGAGCCCUGUUCAUCAAAGUCUACGCGAAUAUACGAGCAGCAUUACCCCCAACUUAAAAAAAUUGGUACUUUGUAACUAAACGUUUUUGAACAUCUAAAGACAAGGUUCGAGAAGUGCCAAAUUUUUGUAGGGGUUAAACAUUCAUGUUGGGGGUUGUAGGGGCACCUAUUAAACACAUUUCACACAUAAACUUAUUAUUAUCGGUCAUUUUUUAUUUAUAUAUUUCUGACUCUUUAUACAGGGUGUCCCAGAAGUCGACGUCAAGCCGAAACCGGGUGAUAGGCAAAGUCAUAACAGCUAUCAGAAAAAUAUUUAAAAAAAUGUUAUGUAUGUGUUUUGAA